UGUUGAUGCGACUUGUUUCUGAAAGCUGAAGACCAUGAAGCUGAUCAGCGUGUGUGCCCUGCUGUCUCUCCUGCACUGUUUGGCUGCUCAGAUACCUUCAUCAUCUUCAGGACCCCUGCAGCUGCCUAACUCUGCGCUGGGGCUAACUGAAUUAGAGCCAGACUUUAUUGAUGGAAGCCCUGUCACUCCACCGUGUGAGAUCGUCCCACUGACAGACAAACAACAAAGCGAUGGACGACUAGAUGGCCUAAACCUCACAGCGGCUGUGCCAACACUGGCCAGCACGACCACUGCAACCACAAUCUCGACCAGCACGACCCCCACAACCACGGUCUUGACCACUGCCUCAACCAGUGUGAGCACCACAACAACGACCUCAACCACAACAACAACGACCCCAAACACAACAACAACGACCCCAACCACCACAACAACGACCCCAACUACCACAACAACGACCCCAACCACCACAACAACGACCACCACAGUGAGACCAGUGGUUCCAAACCGCCCCAAUUAUGUCCAGUUCAUGUACCGACUGCUGCUGACCCAAUUUGCCAAUGCUGUGCCUCAUCAUCCACAUCCACAUCCACACCCACGUCCAUUCCCACCACGACCCCCCCAUGGAGGGCCUUUCUUCCGUCGACCCCGAUUUCAGUCGGAUUCAUCUGAAGAGCACUAAAACUAGGGCUGACAACACAGUCCACACUCUCCACACAGUCUAAACUUCGCUCCACACACUCUAAACACUACUCCACACAGUCUAAACUUAACUCCAGACAGUCUAAACACUACUCCCCACAGUCUAAACUUCACUCCACAAACUUUAAACACUACUCCACACAGUCUUAAUAUACUCCACACAGUCUAAACACCUCUCCACACACUCUAAACACUGGUUAAAACGCAUCACUCCCAGUCUAAACAUAUUACAUACACUAUGAGCACACAGUGUAAACAAACACCACACACUCCAAAACACUCCAUACCCUCUUUACAAAACUCAUAUUGAACUGUUAACACACUAAAUAGUUUAAAUACACUAUACAGUCUUAACACUGUCUAAAACACUAAAAAGAGUAAAAUAAACUUUAAUCAGUCUUCAAUGAUUUUUUACAUUUUUUCCCAUUGCUAAAACACAAAUUUGUACACUAGGUUGGUUUUAUCAAAAUACUUUUUGAUUGACACAAUUUACAAAACCACACACCCAAACUGCAAAAUACCUCAUUUAUUGAGCAAAAUGAAGCACUGUAACAAAAACUGCAUAAACGUGCACCAAAUAGCUUCAUUCACACUUUUUAACAAAAUUUUUGUCUAACCAACUGCACACUGUUGGGCAUAAUAAAAAAUACUCAUCUUCGUAAAUAUAAAUCUUUGCAGAGACACACACAAACACACAUGCUGCUGUCAUAUGUGCAGAUAUAUUUACAGUAUAAAUGUCCAGAUAACAGAGGUGACAGUGUAAUGGCUGAAGUUGGGCUCCACCUUCUGUCCAGCCUCUAGCAUUGUCAGCCUGUGGUUGAUGACAUGAUCAACUAAGGUGCUUCUGAUUUAAUUUGAAAGUUUUUUUUUGGGCAUGAACUCCUCACCAUCUCUCACCAUCCCUCUUCAUUUCUCUGCAUGUCUUCCCCUGUUCUUGUAAAAAGGAGCUCACCUGUGGUCUUUUGUUUCAGAACAAGCUUGAGACCCCUACUCUACAGACUGUUAAAAACACACUACUCACAGUACAAACACAUCAAAUACACUAUAGACACAUUAUAUAUAGUCUAAACUCAUUUAAAACACUCUCUACUAAAUUUUAGACACAGGCUGUAUACUCAAAAAAUAAACUCCACAUACUUCAGAUCACACUACACACACUCCAAACAAACUACAUACAGACUGAACAUGUUACACAAUGUUAAAACGUUGUCUACCACUAGUAAAACACACUCUACAC